UGGGGGCCAACAUGACGCAGGUUAGUCAUGUACCUGGGGUUCUCAGGUGUUAAAAUGAGUCUCCGCCUACUAGUGUAUAACUGAAAGUGAAACCAGACCCGUCUGAAAGCUCACGUAGACCAGAAAGAUGUCUUUUUAAAACAAAUGCUGAAUUUAAUUACUCCGGAUCGAGUGGAUCUGAGAAGAGAAUAAACAAGAUGAGUUUUGACAAAGAGAAGAAUAAAGGGUUAAAAAGGAGAAGGAAAGAGGACAUGGCUGAAUCUUUAUCUUCACAACUAAGACAACGCAGAAAGAACAGCAUGCAUACAGCUACUGAAUUUGCAGGUGAAUCCAGCAGCCUCCUGACUGAAGAGCAGUUACAGUGUUCUAUCUGUAUGGAAGUGUUCACUGACCCCGUCACCACUCCAUGUGGACACAGCUUCUGCAACAGCUGCCUCACACAAAGCUGGGAUACGCGUCAACAUUAUUAUUGUCCAUAUUGCGAAGAGAAAUUCACCAAGAGACCAGAAAUCAAGAUUAAUAUAACACUGAGAGAGGUCGCAGAUCACUUCAAGAAGAAAACAGUCUCAGAUAAGUCUCAGAUUCUUUGUGACUUCUGCACUGGUGUGAAGCAGGAGGCCUUGAAAUCCUGUCUGGAUUGUGGUGUGACUCUCUGUUCAUCUCAUUUAGAUCUUCAUAAUAAUGUUCAAAAAUAUAAGAAACACAAAGUAUUAAAUGCAGUGGAGAACCUGGAGAAAUACAUUUGCCAGGAGCAUGAGAAACCUCUGGAGAUGUUCUGUAGAGAUGAUCAGAAGUGUGUGUGUCGGUUCUGUACUGUGACAGACCACAAGAAUCACAACGUUAUUCCAUUAGAGGAGGAGAGUGGACAGAGGAAGAGUCAGCUGGGGAAAACACAGACGGAGCUGCAGCAGAUGAUCCAGGAGCGACUGAAGAAGAUCCAGGAGAUUAAUCACUCAGUAGAGCUCAGCAAAAGAAACACAGAGAAGGAGAAAUCAGACAGUAUUGAAGUCUUCACAGCUCUGAUUCGUUCCAUUGAGAGGAGUCAGGCUGAGCUGCUGGAGGUGAUGGAGAGGAAGCAGAAAGCAGCAGAGAAGCAGGCUGAAGGACUCAUUAAAGAGCUGGAACAGGAAAUCGAUGAGCUAAAGAGGAGAGACACUGAGCUGGAGCAGCUCUCACACACUGACGAUCAUCUCCACCUCCUACAGAUUUAUCCGUCACUGUGCAUCGCUCCACACACCAAGAACUGGACUGAGAUCAGGAUUAAAACUGAACCGAGUGUGGAAACUCUGAGGACGACUCUGUCUCAGCUUCAGAAGACUCUGAAUGAGAAACUCAGUGUAACUCUGAAUGAGAAACUGAAGGAAAAAGUCCCCACAGAACUGAAGAGGAUUCAGCAGUAUGCAGUGGAUGUGACUCUGGAUCCUGAUACAGCUUCUCCUCGUCUCAUCCUGUCUGAUGAUGGAAAACAAGUGACGCAUGGAGACACAAAGCAGAAUCUCCCAGACACCCCAAAAAGAUUCACUUAUCAUGCAAUAAUCCUGGGAAAUCAGGGUUUCUCCUCAGGGAGGUUUUACUAUGAGGUGCAGGUCAGCAGGAAGACUGAGUGGGAUUUAGGAGUGGUCAGAGAGUCUGUUAACAGGAAGGGGAAAAUUGCACUUAAACCUCAGGAUGGAUUCUGGACCGUGAUUCUGAGGAACGGGAAUGAGUAUACUGCUUGUGAUGAACCCUGUAUCUCCCUCUCCCUGAGAGAGAAACCCCAGAAGGUGGGUGUGUUUGUGGAUUAUGAUGAGGGUCUGGUCUCCUUUUAUGAUGUUGACGCCAGGUCUCAUAUCUACUCUUUCACUGGUCAGUCUUUCACUGAGAAACUCUAUCCAUACUUCUGUCCUUCUAAUAAUGAUGGAGGUAAAAACUCAGCACCACUGAUCAUCUCUCGUGUGUAAAACCUUUUUCGUAGAGAAAUAAUUUAAUAAGUAGGCUUAAGUAGUAGAAUCUUCUGUGUGUGUGUGUGUGUGUGUGUGUGUGUGUGUGUGUGUGUGUGUGUGUGUGUGUGUGUGUGUGUAUGUGUGUGUAUGUGUGUGUGUGUGUGUGUGUGUGUGUGUGUUUGCAUAUAUAUAUUUGUAUACAGUGCCCUCCACUAAUAUUGGCACUUUCGGUAAAUAUGAGCAAAGAAGGCUGUGAAAAAUAGUUUUAUUGUUUAAACCUUUUGAUCUUUUGUUAAACAAAAUGCACAAAAAUACUCUGCUCUCAUGGAUAUUAAACAAUUGCAGGUUAAUCCAAAAAAUAUCUUUGUGAAAUAUGUGUGCAACAAUUAUUGGCACCCUUUUAGUCAAUACUUUGUGCUACCUCCCUUUGCCAAGAUAACAGCUCUGAGUCUUCUCCUAUAAUCCCUGAUGAGGUUGGAGAAUACAUGGCGAGGGAUCUGAGACCGUUCGUCCAUACAGAAUCUCUCCACAUCCUUCACAUUUCAAGGUACACGCUGACGGACUCUCCUCUUCAGUUCACCCCACAGGUUUUCUAUGAGUAUCAGGUCAGGGGACUGGGAUGGUCAUGGCAGGAGCUUGAUUUUGUGUUCAGUAAACCAUUUUUGUGUUGAUUUUGAUGUUUGUUGUGGAUCAUUGUCCUGCUGGAAGAUCCAACCACGGCCCAUUUGAAGCUUUCUGGCAGAGGCAGUCAGGUUUUCAUUUAAUAUCUGUUGAUAUUUGAUAGAGUCCAUGAUGCCAUGUAUACUAUAACAAAAUGUAUCCAGGUCCUCUUCCAGAAAAACAGCCCCAAAACAUUAAAGAGCCACCACCAUAUUUAACCGUGAGCAUGAGGUAAUUUUUCCAUAUGGCUACCUCUCUGUGUGCACCAAACUUCUGCAAUUCUCCAGCUGUGAUCCUUGGAGAUUUUUUGGCCACUCGAACCGUCCUCUACACAAUGUGUUGAGACGAUAUAGACACACGUCCAGUUCCAGGUUGAUUCAUAACAUUUCCAGUUGACUGGAACUUCUUAAUUAUUGCCCUGAUGGUGGAAAUGUACAUUUUCAAUGCUUGUGCUAUUUUCUUCUAGCCACUUCCCAUUUUGUGAAGCUCAACAACGUUUUGUCGCACAUCAAAGCUUACCCAUUGUUAUGAAUGACUAAGGGAAUUUGGCCUAUGUGUUACCUCAUAUUUAUACCCCUGUGAAACAGGAAGUCAUCAUUCCGUUAGUAUUUUUCAUCUCCAACACUUUUUGACUUUGUUUUUAUACUUCAUCAAUCAGAAUAUUCAACUGGAAAAAAGAACAAGUGUUUCAUUAAUAAUAGCUUUAGUUUAUACAGGUUUAAUAAAGUGUGGGUACAUGAGAACGUUUGUGUGUUAAUAUGUGGAGCCGCCUUCCAACAUUAAUAAGAACUGAGCAAGAAGUGACUUCACAGUGGGAGUAUAAGUGAAACUGUCAUAUACAGUAAAGUAGGCAGAAGGAGAUGCAAAUGCACUGCGAGUUUAUUUUCUAACACACAAUCAAACAAAUCCAAAUCGUGAAGCAAGGUCGUAAUCCACAAGCAGGCAAAAGAUCAGACGACGUGCAAACCGUAUAAACUGGGCACAACUCAAUAGCAAAAACCAGGAAGAGAGGAAAGAUCAAAACCAGAUAAGCAAUGUAUAAAGACAAUGCAUAAUGUCAGGUACAUGCACACUGAGUGAUUACUUCACAAUGUGAGUGUGAAACUGUAGUCCUUAAAUUCCGUGUGGAGUGAUUGUGUUCAGGUGUGUGAUUAGAAGUCAGGUGAUUGUAAACAUGACAAAGUCUGUGAGUGUGGAUAUGUGUAGUCUAGAGGUGUGUAGUCCAUAUUAGUAGGCUGCGUUGUGCUCUGGGAAACGGAGUUCUCUGUGGAGUUGACCUGACAGAAAUCAGACCGGUCUGAAAGAUGGAUCCUGAUACAGCUCAUCCUUGUCUCAUCCUGUCUGAUGAUGGAAAACAAAUGACUUGUGGAAGGAAAAAGCAUAAUUUCACCAACACCCCAAAAAGAUUCACUUUUUAUGCAACAAUCCUGGGAAAUCAGGGUUUCUCCUCAGGGAGAUUUUACUAUGAGGUGCAGGUCAGCGGGAAGAAUAAGUGGGAUUUAGGAGUGGUCAGAGAGUCUGUUAACAAGAAGGGGGAGAUUACACUCAAACCAAGGGCAUAGGUUUGGUCUCAAUAUUGGUAGGGACACCCACCCACCCCGGAAAAAAAGACUGUUUAAUGUUGACAACCAACUGGUUUAUUAAAAUAUAACAUCUAUAUUUACAUUAAGAUCUUUACAUUAAGAGACAUUCUUCAUGAUAGUCCUUGGUGUACUUACAAUAUAUGGUCCUUACAAUACAUGUACAUUGGUCAUUUCCAAUUAAUCCAUAAUAUCAUAUGAGGAGUUCAUUUGCAAAAACAGAUAUCCACCAUUUUAAUUCAUUUUCAUAAAUCGUUUUUUAAAUUGUGCAUUCCAGGUAAUACAAAUCAAGCUGCAAUUGGGUUGUUUUGAUUACAUUUAUUUUCACUUAAUUACAACAAACCAACUGCAGUUUGAUUGAUAUUACCUGGAAUGCGCAAUAAAAAAAAAACAUGAUUUUUACAUAUCCAAAAUGCAUUGAUGAAGAUAUGAACAUAUAGUUAAACUUUGGAUCCCAUUUAUUUUUUAGGGAAAUGUUAAUAUUCAAUGAAUAGGAUCUUAUGUUGUUUUGAUGUAAGAUUUUUUUUCAAAACAAACUCAUGACCAAUAUGUUGACUUUCAAAGGUUAUACUGUGUAUUUGUUGAACAUCCUAAAGACUGACUUUAAUGCUGAUGCCUCCCUACAGUUUUAAAAUAUAUUUCAUAAUUAGGACCUCACCUGAAACCCUGAAGACACAGCUGUUUCAUCCUGCUCUACUUCAGCCUGCUGCUGUGUUUCCUGCAUACAAACUCAUUCAUUAAAUGCUGACAUUUUCAUGGGAUUUCUAGACUAAAAUUGAUUUAUGAAAAUGAAUUAAAAUGGUGGAUAUCUGUUUUUGCAAAUGAACUCUUUAUAUGCUAUUACGGAUUAAUUGUAAAUGACCAAUUUACAUUUAUUGUAAGUACCAUAGUCUCCCUAUUUUAAUGUUAACUUAGUUGCAAGUUAUUUUAACACAUAAUGCAAACGAAUAAUUUGCAAAUGUUGUUACAGACCAGGUUAAGUUUAGUUUUCUCUUUGGGAGACAGUCAGUGUGAGUGAGGAUGAUCCUGAAGCAUGUCAGUGUAGCAGUGUCAUGGACAUGGGGAAUAAGCCAUACAAAGUACAGCAACUUCCAAUCAAGAUUUGACGGUUUCAGGCGAACUGGUACAGUCAGUAUUCAUGGCUUCACUACAGCCCAACACUGAAAAGGUUCUUUGUUUUGAGUGUGUGAAAUCAUACACCAUAAAAAAGACCACUUUGGAAAAAAGAAUGACCCUGCCUUAUGUACAAAGGGUUUCAAUAAUUGGAAGAAUGACACAGGUAGCUUUAGCCGCCACAAAGCUUUAUGCCAUGUACAUCAAGAGGCCCUUGACCAAGUAUAUCUUAAAGAUAUUUUCCAACAGUUUGUAUGUGUCAAUGACCGACAUAGGCAUCUGUUUGGAUUGUUUAAAUAGACACCAAGGACUAUCAUGAAGAUUGUUGAUGUUGGAUGAAAAUCUUUUUUUUUGUUGUUUUUUUUCUCUUUUCCAUUAACAAGUAAUUUCAUAGUUUACUUUCUUUUAGUCUUUGAUCUGUUACUUUGUUUAAUUUGUAUUUAAAUGUAAAUACAGAUCUUAAUGUAAAUAUAGAUGUUACAUUUUAAUAAACCAGUUGGUUGUCAACAUUAAACAGUCCUUUUUUUUCCGGGGUGGGUGUCCCUACCAAUAUUGAGACCAAACCUACGCCCGAUGUGUGAAAUGUAACACGAACUCCAAGGUGAGUGUUUUUACUUGUUACUGUACAUGUUGUUACGUGAAUAACAGUAGUAAUAUUAACAUUGUCAUAAAUAAAUACACGCACCAUAAUCUGUUUGCUGUAGCUCUGUGUUUAUACAUACAUAGGCC